AUGUCUAGUUCAGCCGAUACCUUCGUCCCCCUAUGUGACUUUUUAAAAAUCGCUUCUCUAAGCAAAAUAACUAUUUCUAGAAUUUUCACACAGCAAUGGAAACUACAUAAAAUUCAAUCGAAAGAAGAAGACUGCAAAUAUUUUAUAAAUUUAUUACGAGAAGUUGAAAAUGAAAUUGUCGAUAGCUUACAUAAAGAACAUAUUGGAUUAUUACAAGAUUCUGUUCGGAUCCACUACGCUUAUGAUGAGUUAAUAUCUUUGUUGGAUACCGGUGAGUUACGUGGAAAUUUUAAAGGAAAUACGAACUGGAAGGAUAUGGCUUCUAAUAACAUAGCAAUUUUAAAAAACAUGAUCAAAAGUGAAAAAACAUAUGCUCACAAGCAUGUUUUUACGAAAAUAUCUAAUGUGCGAGUUGAAGACUUGUCACAAGAUGAUCCGUUAUACCUUGGCGUGAUUGAUCUUAGCUCAGAUAAAUUUAAGAUUGCGGAGAAUCAAUAUAGUGAUCUUGCGGAGGGAAGGGUCAGUAUAAGAGAGUUGAAUAAAAGCGCAGAUAUAAAAGAAAUAUGUGAAGAUUUCGUAGCAAGAAGAGAUGAAAUCCAACGGUUACGUAAAUUUGUGAUAUCACCAGAUGAGCAGGUGUCACAUAAAAACUCUCUUGUAAAAACUAUAGCUCGCCUAAUAGAUACUACGAUGUACCGUUUUCCUAUGAAUUACGAGGUUGAGAUCACAAGAUCUGAGCGACAGAGUAUAGCUAGCAAAAAUCGCAAGAUUCAGGAACAAAAAGGAUCACGUGGAAACAAACCGGAUCUUAUGAUUCGCGUAAUUUUCCGUAACAAGUGGGAAGAAAUAGUAUAUUUUGAAAGUGGUAAAUGGAGUUGCAGUGGUAAUAAAAUUCGUAGCGAUCGCAACAAAUUAGUUCAAUUCUGUAUUGAUGGAUCUGAUGAACUUACAAAAAUAUGUAAGAAAGAAUCUCUUAAUAAAUCUUAUAUGGGGUUCGGUAUUAAUAUUGCAG